UCUUAGGAAAGAACCAUGCCUGAGCCUUCUAAAUCUGCUCCGGCCCCGAAGAAGGGCUCCAAGAAAGCUAUCACUAAGGCGCAGAAGAAGGACGGCAAGAAGCGCAAGCGCAGCCGCAAGGAGAGCUAUUCCAUCUACGUGUACAAGGUGCUGAAGCAGGUGCACCCCGACACGGGCAUCUCGUCCAAGGCCAUGGGCAUCAUGAACUCGUUCGUCAACGACAUCUUCGAGCGCAUCGCGGGCGAGGCGUCGCGCCUGGCGCAUUACAACAAGCGCUCGACCAUCACGUCCAGGGAGAUCCAGACGGCCGUGCGCCUGCUGCUGCCCGGGGAGCUGGCCAAGCACGCCGUGUCCGAGGGCACCAAGGCCGUCACCAAGUACACCAGCUCCAAGUGAGCGCUCUCCGAGGCACCAUCCAACCCAAAGGCUCUUUUCAGAGCCACCCACUCUCUCCCAAGAAGAGCUAUAACCGCUAUUUCAUAGCGGUGUAAUUCAACUCUGCUACCAUAUAUUUGCGUCCUAGAGAGUCUAUAAAAUAGGUGAUCGUUGAGGCAAUUGUAGACCCGAGAAUGGAUUUUGAAAGUCCCAUGGUCUUUAAAGCGAAAUACAGCACGGAGUGUAACGCCCAGCAGGGAACACCCAUCCGCUGCGGGCUUGCCCUAAGCUUCAGGAUACUUAGGGUCCAUCCCUUCCCCGUGUCUGCACGCUUCUAAAACAUCGGGAUUUCCCUGCUGGGUACAGAAGUGGUUAGAGGUUUUCUGAAUAGGGAUAAUCCAGACAUUGCCUUAUUGGGAGGAGGCAAGAUCUGGGCGGUAAAAGAGCAGGAAGGGCCAUAGAUACCUGGCCCUAAAUACCCUAGCCUAAAGCACUGGGUAAACUAGACAUAGUCGCCCGUGGUUCCUGUGGGCACCUCUAUCGGGUAUUCCUCAAGCUCUUUGCGCACAGAUAAAAUGAAUUUACUCUAGUUUCACAUUAGAAUUGUUUAUCGAUGGCAACAUUCAAUCUAGAGCCGUUUCAGUUUUGUUUGGGUCCCAGGAAUCCGAGCUCCCAUUUCCUGUUCUGAGUGUCCCUGGCUUCUCUGGAGUGCCAGUAGAAGGGCGGGGAGGAUGGCUCUCUCGCUCUGGGAAGGACAAAAAGUUUGAAUUUCCCGCUCUUCCUAUCGCGCCACUUCAUUGGCUGGCAGGGUUGGAGAGGAAGAGGUGCUGGCUUUUCUUACCAAACCUUUUUCAAUAAAGGGAGACUCCAAAGAUAAUACCUAAAAGACCGAAAAUGACGUUGUUUGAGGUAGAGGAGCUAAUGGGACAGGUCUAGGUCCGGGGUUGGGGGCGGAGAGGCGGAUGGGUAGGACUCAGCUGCUAAAUGCCUAUGAAAAUGAGGGAAACAAUGUUUUUCAUUGGCUUAUGAGCGCUUUAUGGAGGUGACAAGCAACAGUAUGUCUUUGGAUGAAGAAAUGAAAUCCAUAGAAUUUCUUUAAAAAGAUCCCUUUAUGAAAAAAAUGUAAAUGAUCUUUUCCCAGAUUCUACAGGUCAGCCAACCGCUGUAUGAGAAGUACUUCCAGUCUCAAUAACGACAAAUAUAGUUGUGAAAGAGAGGGACGCCUGGGUGCCUCUGCGGUUGAGCGUCUGCCUUUGACUCAGGCCUUGAUCCUGGAAUCUCGGGAUCCCUGCGGAGAGUCUUUCUCCCUCUGCCUGUGUCUCUGCCUCUCUCUGUGUGUCUCAUGAAUAAAUAAAAUCUUAAAAAGAGAGAGAGAGAGAGAGAGAGCCCAGCCUUAAAAAUUAAUAAUUAUGAAAAGACCUCCUCCCCCCACCCUUUCUUUAAAUUAUUGACUUCAGGGUACAAUUUAAGAAUCACUGACCCUUAUGUUCUUCCCGUGGAGAGCUGAGAUCUGGGUGGUAAUAUUAUUUAUCUUCUUUAAAAUGAUCUGAUUUGGGGAUUAUUUUCUCCCCAUCUUUUCCUUCAACAGACAGACUUUGGUCUGUCUGCUUGCUUUCUUUUUUCUUCCUCUCUUCUCUCUCUCCCUCCCUGCUCCCCUUCAUUCCUAAUAUUUGAGGCUUUACCUAACAACUCCACCCUUAAUCGACAAGUUCAAACUAAACUUGUAAACUAGGUUCGUAAACUCAAACCUAGGCCUUUUUGCCACCUCUGCUGAAUACCUGGCUGAUCUUUAACAAGUGAACUGAGAAUUUAAAUAAAUAAAUAAAAUAAAAAAUCA